GGAAGUUCUCAAAGGCCUUGUUUGGAGAUGGACAAUGAUGAUAAAUAUGACAUGUCAUUUGAGGAUAUACAAGCAGCAAUUAUGAGCAACAUGCCCAAAGUCCCUUUUAGUCAGUGUAUUCCCGGCUUCCCAUCGGGAGAUGAGAAUUCCAUAGUCAUGCCAUUUGAACGUCCAAAGCCAGAAGAACUCUUUAAGUUGUCGGAUGAAGAUGAGGAAGCAACUUACGACGAACCGAUUCCACUUUUGGAAACAACAACCGGUUCGUUCUCAGAAGGGCUUUUUGUCAGUGUCACUCAGCCACUACCUAGCAUCACAUCAGCCAUUGAUCUCACCAAAGCAAGCGAUACUGAGUGCUCCUGGUUACACAAUGCACAAGCGACAUAUUUUGCCUUUCUAGCCUGGCUGGUUAGUCUAGCAGUGGCAAAGGAAGAAGAUGAAUCAACUUCAGGCUUUACAACUAUCGGGUUGUUACAAACGGCAUCUGUCCAUCAACAAGUUGAGCCGAAUAUUCCACUUGUAGGACAGCCGAAACUUCAUGCGUUACUCGUGACAAGUUUACAUCCUCUAACUCGAGAGCAGGCAAAGAUUACCCUAGAAGAUGUGUGGACAAAGGAGGCAACUAAUUGGAAGGUUAAUGAAGCUCUUCUUUGGGACGCGGAGCAGUUUGCAAUUCCAAACAUCGAAUAUUCAGAAGUUCGAAUGAAAGUGGAGGUAUCCAAUUGUAUCCUUGAAUCAUGGAUGGAGGCUGCACCCAAUGUAUUUCAGGGACAACUCACUAGCGAACAAACACCCCUUGUUCCACCUACUGAACAUCUCGAAACCAUAGUGCGGAGUCACUGUGAAGAUGCAGCAUACUGUGAAAAUCAGUGUGAAGGAAUGAAUGAACUUUCUGCCACCGACUGGACAACAGUAGUCAUUGAAUUGCAGUUAGGCAACAUGACACAGAGCCAAAUAAAACAAAACAUUUUCACCCUACUACUGAACGUUCAGGCCAAAUAUUUGGAUGUGGUAGGCGUUCGUCUUGGUUGGUUGAAGACUUCGGAUGUCCAUGGCUCCUGCCAAAGAACGGAGUCAGCACCCUGCUUGGCUGUGGCCAUUCGUGGACCGAGAGCAUGGUCUACCGUCAAAAAUAUUUGCACAUGGAUCACUAACCGGAGCACAUCUAUCGAUCCAGAUAAAUUUCGUUGUUUUGGAAGUGGGUAUGAAGAUUUAAACACCAAACAUGUGGUUCGAUGGUUUGGCCCAAGACUUCCAGACGUGGCUGUGCUUAGUCCUGUCAGACUGGCUAGAGUAAAACAUCAGAUUACCAAGCUCCUGGAAAACCCAAACGAUUGCUGGAUUGCCAAUGGAUCACUUGGCGACAUUAUGAUUAUACUAUCGUACGAUGCGGCCUCUAUUCUCGCAGAUAUUCUCAAAAGCCUACUGCAAUACUGUGGAUAUGUCCUUGUCAGCUUGGAGCUCAAGUGCGACGGCGAGGCGAAAACGGAAAAACUUGAAUGCUGUCAAUUCAGUGUUCUUGCCGAUUCAGUUAGACAUGUCGAAACUGACAUCGUGAAGCAAACUAAAUCGGUGUUUGGUGUUAACUUACCACGUGUCUUCCCCCAUUUUGUUAUAAUUUUAAGGAGAGAGAAUGCAGUGAAUCAUUUUUACGUUACCCUGAAGCAGAUCAGAUUCACGUUGAUCAACGCGAUAAACAAGAACUUACAAAAGUGGAUCUCGGAUACGGAAAAAGUCUUACUACAAGUAAUUCCAGUUACGAAAUCUCUUCAACGGCACUUCAUGGCUGAGUCAUCACACGAAAAAUUUGCGGAGGAAACGGUGACUAUUGUCAGCUAUCCAGAUCCACCACAUUCCGACUGUGAGGUACUUAGUUUCAUCAUGUUCAUACCUUGCCUUCGCUUGAACUCCGGAGUGAAUUCAGUAUCCAACGAAAACUACCGAAGCCAGUCGCUGUCACCUUCCGUGAGAUGGUGCAAUCUACUGAAAUGUAUCGCGAGGCAAUCAGAAGCCUCCCCACUAGCCAAAGUGACACUGAUGGCAUGUAAAUGGCUACCAGUACACAACAUUCCGCAACAAGGUCUGCAAUUCAUGCGAAAAUAUUUGCCCCUCAAUGAGGAAGAACUGAAAUCCUGGAGUUCCUCAGUCAUCCACAAAUACGAAUGCGGCGUUGGUCUGAUUCUAGCCCGUGGUUGUUGGCUCGAGAGGCGUCUUUCGAAACUACACAAUAAUCAGGUCAUCUUCUUCACUGAUACUCAGCGUGUCACUCACGUUUCUUUCGAACAAAAAUGGAACUCGGUCCUUAAUUUGAUGUACAAAAAGUGGCAACCUGAGGAGAUGACGUUCACACUUCUGUGGCCAAAAAACCACCACUUAACACAUUGGUUGGAGAAGCUUAUCAAAGUCAUGCGCAUAUUUAUGGAUGAAGGUUUUGUCUUCACUCAGCUAUUUACCACAAAUGACGGAAAGACCCAUUGUCGUGUCAUGCGGCCAAACGCAAUUUAUCAUCUAAAAGAACUCAUCAAGCAUCAUCGAAUCGGUGAUCCUGUUCAACGUCGUAUCGUGCAUUUGCACAGCAGUGAUGACUCUGACACGGACAGUGACGUAGACUGUUUUAGCUCCGAGCUAAGUGAAUGUGUAAAAGACGUACCUCAGUCUUACGAGCAGUCUGAAGAGUACUGUUCGCGGAUGGCCGAAUUGCUCGCUUCAACGGAUAUGGCUAACCAGUCAGACCAAAAGUUCAAAGCCGGUUCACUGGAGACUUUCGAUGAACUACUCGGUGUUUGGUCUUCUAAGCACCACCAGGCAAACCUCAUUGCCCUGAGGCACCAUGUUUGUGGGACAGAUUUAUUCCCAGAAUCCAGUUAUACGUUGAACAGCAACAAAAGUUUGCACCAGAUUUUGGAGCUACUCCACAUACAGAAUUAUACACCGGAAAAUGAAGCGCUGUACAUAGGAGACGAAAACACACCGGUGGAAACGAAAUUCGCAACCCUGAGAAAUAACCUGCUACCAAAAUGCCGAUUAAGGUGCACUUGAAUAACCCACGGUUUCUUUCCAGGGAGUUAGAAUAAAAAAUUAUUGUAAGAAAACGACGCUGCUUCUUCUUCACUUUUUCAGGAGAUACGUACAAAAUAAAUUAUGCAUAGGUUGACGAACGACGAAGCAGAGACAAACAGAGGAACAACAUUAAUAAAUGACUGUAAAGGGCGCACCAAUAAACCUUGAAUGAUUUAGUGGGAUACAGAAGAGGAAAUUAAAAAAAACUCGACUGAUUACAAGCAUAUCACAGAAAGUGAGCGGUCCCAUCCGCAUGGAAUUUUCUUAUCACCUGGGCAUACCAACUCGGUCCAUCAGGUGGGACGCCGUAUCGAGCGCUAUAUAGAGCAGGCGCAUGACUUUCUGUAGGCGAGGUAACGUAGCUUCCACCU